AUGGAGUUCCAGCUAAACGCUGCCCCGGACGAGGACUACACCGAGGACGACGCCAUGACUGCUUCUUCCAGCGUAUCUCACGCCGUUCGUAUGUCUUCAUUGCUAUCAGAAGGCACGGGCACCCCUCGUAAUUCGUUGUAUGCCACAGAAUCCGCUUCGCCUUCUGGUCACUCGAGCCUCAUGCACCCGCCGGUAUCUGGCGGCCAGGAGGGUUUCGUACUUAGCCGAGAGUCCGAACCUGUUGUGAAUGAGAUUGUCGUUUUAGACGAUGUAAACAUGGAAGAGGAGGAGCAACAGGACGAACGAGUGUUGGAGAUGCCCAAGUUACAGUCCACAGAGCUGCAGAGAUUGCAGGCUGAGCUGCUGACGUCACUGACCAAGCUUUGGACGGAAGCAGUGCCAGCUCCAAAGAGGCAGAAGAAAGGCAAACAGCCGAAGAGAGGGAAAGCUGCUGGUAACGGUAACAAUUCAGCGGAGAUUGAGGUGCAUCGAGUGCUGGACGAGCUGCAGCGCACUGUGAACAGGCCUUAUGCUGACAGGAACGUUGUCAUCGACGUUGUAAAGCUCUGUCUGGCUUUCUGUGAGCUGGUGGAUGAGAACCAUUCGGUGGAGAGCUUGGUGGUGCGAAAAAUGGACACAAAAAACAAAGCAGUUGAUCUGGACGAGACUGUGAAGAAGCUGUUGAACGAACCUAUUUACGGACAAUUGACGACGAUUCUUAAGCAUGCAGUAUUUUGUGGGGGCGAGGAGACGGGAAAACAGGUUUUGAGGCAGAUGCUGGACUGGUGUUUGGCUCGACCAAUGCCGUCGAGUUGGACGUGGGUAUUUGUGUCAGUUACUGAGAUGAAUUCGUACAGUGUUCAGGAAUGUCUUUUUCGCGAAGCGAUUGUGAGAUAUCAGAGCAGUGAUGAGAGUCAAGACCAAGUACAGCAUCUUCUUCCAGUUUUGGAGUCGUUGGCCGAAAAGCAUCCGGCUCAAAUGGUGGACAUCCUGCGUGACGUAUUGCACGAUUGUGAAUCUAGCAGUGACAGGUCAGCGGAUACCGUGAUACAGCUUGUCAAACUGGCGAGUGACUCUGCGGCCCUCGUUUCUGUCUGCGACGAUGGUCUUCAGUGGGUAGUCACAGAAGAACUGGUGAAAACACUUGCCAGCAAGUUUGGAAAAUAUAGUGCCAAGCUGCAUGCGGAACCAAUGGAAGCACAGCUACUUAAAUUCAUCCGCAGACGAAGUGCGGAGCUUUCGAAUUCGGGCUUUCAGUUGCUGCUACUGCUGCAAAGCUUAUCUACAUCAAACGUGUCGUCACAAUUCAAUGCUUCUGUGACCUCGUUCCAGAAUCGCCUGUAUGAGCUUGCUGAGUCGGAACCCUCACAUGCUUUCGUCCGUGCAAUGUACCAGUUCCUUCCUUACAUUUGCCAGAACGCGCUUCGACUUCUCCGAGUGAUCACACAAACUGAAGAAGCACCAAGUACUAGCGGGACUGCGGGAGUUGACGGAGAAAUGUCAGGAAAAACUGCUAGUCAACAAUUUAAAGAAUGGAAGCAGUGGUUGUGUCUGUUGGCACGGUCGGUAUCGUGUAAGGAAGUGACAGAAAUGCUCAUCAAGACCGAUUUGAUGUUGGCGGAGUGUAACGAUUCACCUUCUGGUCAAAUUGCGGAUGGCGCGCUAUGUGAAUUGCUGACGUCUUUGCUGGCCCCUGCAUCACCUGAGUACGUCGCUUUUGUGCGCAACAUCGUGUACAAAUGCGAGUCUGCUGCCCCGAGAGCUCAAUGGCGCAUUCUCGGCAUCGUCCAAAUGCUUUUGAACGUGAAUUACAUGAAAAACGCAGCCGUUGCAAAUUACGGUCUCCCAAUUACACUAGAUGCAAGACAAGAUGCAUCCUGCUUGCAGCAACUCGUCCGCUCGAAUAGCUGGACUGAAAACAUGAAUUCGUUUGGUCUGUGGAACGGCAUACAUGGCGUAGAGUUCUGGGAGAGUUUUCUGGAUUUGAUGAGCUCAAAAAAUGCGUUGGUUGCUUCACGUGCGCUUCUCCUUGUGUCCCAGACACCGUUUCUAUCUCUUGACGACCCGGCUUGGCAAUACCGAUGUGUACGGAAGCUAACAAGAGUAUUUUUCUCGGUGCUGAGGCAAUAUCGGUCGACACUUGUUAUGCGGAAAAGAGAGAACUCUGGUGAAGCACGGAUACCCUUCGACACGACUCUCCAGAGCCGUUUACAAACUCUCAAGAUGAUCAUGCUUCGCGUGGUGACUCUGAGAGGAGGCGUCGCUCGCUACCCCUGCUCCGUGUACAGCAUGUUUGCGUCAAUGUGGUUGGACGCACUGUUGAGUACAACUUCAGCGACCAGCAUUCCUACACACUUUCCCGAAACUGUGAAUUUCGUCGACUUAGAUACAAAGGAUGAGCUCGAUGAGGACCAGAUUAUUCGUAGCGAGCGCACUAUCAGUUCGAAGUGCACAAAUUUGCAGUCCUCGCAGGUGAUAACAAAGGUUGCCGAGACAAAGCUAGUGUACCGGAAAACGCUCGAUUCCUCAUGGGAGUGUGAAAUGCACGCUGCACGCAUAUGUAGCAUGUCUGCAAUAGAUUUGUUUUCUCAACUUCUCGGUUCCACAGGGGUUGUUGCCAGCCCACGGGAUGAUGGUCUAGGCAAGGAAAGAGCUGUAUCGAACUCGGGCGAAGACGAACUACUCGAUAGGAGGUUGACGACUGUGGUAGAUAUGCUUUUGGAACGUGUGGUCCCAUGCUGUGGUAUUCCAAGUGACGAUGUGUACAAGGAUAUGUUGCCAAAUCGCUCUAGCUUUGAUGUGGACUUGCGUGUGGAGCAGUGGCUGAACCACUUUCCUGCAUUUCUUCCGCUCUUGCGUGCCGUGAUCUCGAGUUCGUUAGUUCUGAAUUCGUCUCAGUUGCUACGUCUCGUGCCUGUGUUCAAGUCGAUAUUGAUCGUGUUGCUUGGCCACUGGAAUAGUGUUAAGGGCAACCUGAGCGUGGAAAACGUUGACGUGCCUCCUUACAUGCGCAAUAAGAACCAGCUGGCGAUCACGUGCGAGUUGGUUCGGCUACUGCGCGCCACUAAUUGGUUGCCGGUGCCUUUGGGCAAGACAGCGGAGCUGCUUCCAUUGACCACCCCUGCCGAUAUUCGCGCCAUUCUCUUCAGCUGCUGGUUCUAUCUGUCCGACCACCCGCCAAAAACCGGAUCGCGUGCGUCGGCACCUGCAACAUCUGCACCAGCGUCUCCGAUAUCGUCGGACUCGUCUCCAAUUGGUGCUGGGAUUCCAAACUUGUCUUCGUGUGGUCCUAGUUCGAGCACGAGGAACCCGCCUCUGGAGUUCUACUUGAUUCCACUGCGAAAAGCUCUUCAUCGCAAUAUCAGCAAGAUAGGCGCCAAGUAUCCGCUCUUUUCAUGCUAA